UCUGGGGUCAAGUCUCCAGUAGAGAGCAGAGUAACCAUUUUCUUCUUCUUCUUCUUCUUCUUCGUAACUUCUCCACUCGAAAACGCAGCGCACUCUCCUGAAUCUGAGAUCUGGUUACUUGUUCGCUCCAACUAGUAAGCAUAAAACUUACAAUCGAUUCGAAUUCCUUUCCUUCGUCGCUGAGAAAAAAUCUGCUUGAAUCUUCUUCGCUCGAACGAGAUGAGAUUUAGUUCAACUGGAAAACAGUAAUCCGAGUUUGAAAAUGGCUGAAUUGCACCGGUCUGAGAUAGGUCAACACUCUCAGGAUAUAUCUAGCUCUUUAAUUCUGGAUCACGGUUCGAUAUCGUUUGGGAGAUUUGCUGCCGAGUCGCUUGCUUGGGAGAAAUGGUCUGUUUUUCAGCACAACCGAUGUCAGGAGGAGCUCGAAAUGUACAAGUCUAAUGGUUUGGUGGCUCAAAAGAAGGCUUACUUUGAGGAGUAUUAUAAGAGAGUUAGACCUCUCAAGGCAUUGCAAUCCGAGCAUCAAGAAACCGCCCAUGUUGGUGCUUGUGCGGAUGUGCAGGUCAAUUCCGUGGAACUAGAAAAUGGCAGUUCUAGUAAUGAUAUGUCGAAAGAGGAAAAGUCAACAAAUGGUACAGUGGAUGAAGCAGGACAAGCUAACAAAGAGUCAUUGAAUGAUUGCGAUGGCUUUAGUGAUAAUUUUACCGUCAGAGAUGAAGUCGGUAAUACUUUAUCUGAUGCUGACCGAGAGAAAUCUUCACAUCAGGCUUCCGUAUCAGCCACUCCGCUGGUCGCUGGAAGCUCUUGGGUUGCCAAGCAAGACAGCCAUGUCUCUGCGCCUGUGAAGCUGAAUAUUAAUGAGCAAAAGAAACUAGCUCCUGUUUCAAUGGCAAAGGCUACUGGUGCUUCAGCUCAAAACAAAUCAAAGUUGGAUUGCACUAGUACUAAAGAUGCAGUCAAGGCAUCAGCUAAGUCAAAACCACUUCCACUCAAUCAAAUUAAUGGAAAAAGGGAUAACAUUCUUCUUCCUAGCAAAAGCAACACUAUGGCUACAGAUGGUAGAAAUUCCAGCCAAGUGUCCUCCCGUAAAAAACGUACUGAAGUAUGCUCCAGUGCUGCUGUCCUACAUCCUUCGUCAACAAGAAUCAGGAUGGUUCCAUCAUCUCCUAGUGGUAGAAGUGAUCAAAGAAACACAAAUACGAAUGGCAAAGAUUUGACGGACAGCUUACGAAGAACUCAACCUGCACAAGCUGUUCAGAAUCCUUCGAGAGAGAAGCCAAUUAGCAGUGGUUUGAAGGACAAGGCUCUAGAGAAACGGACCUGUGCUGGAGUUUCUAGAAAGCCUUCAGAGUUGAGCAGUCAACAGAUGCGUCCAAAAGUCUGCCGAUCUGAGAACCAGAGACCAAAUUCCAUGUUGCCAAAUAUUGCCCGAAAUAGAUUGAUCCGAGAUACUGAAGCUAGCUGUGGGCACAAGAAUUAUGGAAAAGAAAGAAAGGACAAAGAGGGAGGAGAGGGAAGUAACAGUACAUUUAGAAGAGAUACAAAGUCGUCCUAUAAUCUGUCAUCGAGUAUCCAGAAGAAUUUAAAGCCGGUGCAUAAGACUACAGAAUCACGGUCCGGAAGCCUCAAAUAUACUUUGAAAGGAACCAAGGUUUAAGAUGUCAAGCUGGUGGUGUCAGCAAAUAUCCAGGGCACGAUUGACUCGUGUUGAAUGCUGCGUGAGUAAUUGAAGAACCAUGCAGCAGGACGAAUGCUCAUCGCAUUUGUAUAGUACAAAACGUUGCAAAAACAGGUGCAUACCAGUUCAAAGAGACCAGAACAACAGGACCAAGAAGUUCUGCUUCUGAAUUUGCAGCACCAGCGACAAAAUAACACAUCUCUAAUAGUUAUAGGAUAAAGAAGUCAGUUCGCAUAUGAGUCGCCAAACUGUAAGAGUAAGAAUAGGUUUUUCUUGUUGAACUGGUACCAAAAUUUGAGUUUAGUGGAUAACCGUCUGCCUGCUUAAUUAGUGCAUCGGCUGUACACCUUGUACAUUGAGGCU